AGUCCACCAUCAAUCAACCACUCAUACUCAUCAUCGAAUCGAGCAACGAGAGCGAGAGAAGAAGGAGUGAGGUUGAGGAGUGGUUCCCAAAACCACCACCAUAUCCAUCAUCUUCAUUCAUUCCUAUCAAUAUCAUCACACACCAAAAAUGUCGACGAAGCUUCAAAUAUUUACAGGAUUACCCUCCACGCCAUUCCAAUCUUCUUCUCCCUCUCCCUCCUCCACUCUCUGCAUGCUCAAGAAGCCUCUCACUACCUCCUUCCUCGGCACCGGAACAGUGGAAGUUCUGAGGCUCAGUGGGAUGAGGGUUGUGAAGCCAGUACGAGCUCCUCGCCGUGGAGGCGCUCGAAUGAACCUCUUCGAUAGGUUCGCUAGGGUUGUGAAGUCAUACGCGAAUGCUGUCAUAAGUUCCUUUGAAGACCCUGAGAAAAUCUUGGAGCAAGCUGUGCUUGAAAUGAACGAUGAUUUGACUAAAAUGCGCCAAGCUACAGCACAAGUAUUGGCAUCUCAAAAGCGGAUGGAAAAUAAGUACAAGGCUGCACAACAAGCUUCUGAAGAGUGGUACCGUAAAGCACAACUUGCUCUUCAGAAAGGUGAGGAAGAUCUUGCUCGUGAAGCACUUAAGAGGCGUAAAUCUUUUGCAGACAAUGCAAGUUCGUUGAAAGCUCAACUUGAUCAACAAAAGGGCGUUGUUGAGAAUCUUGUCUCUAAUACACGGCUGUUGGAGAGUAAGAUUUCGGAGGCAAGGUCGAAGAAGGAUACUUUGAAAGCAAGAGCUCAAUCUGCAAAGACUGCAACUAAGGUGAGUGAGAUGCUGGGAAAUGUCAAUACAAGUAGUGCCCUUUCAGCUUUUGAAAAGAUGGAAGAGAAAGUGAUGACAAUGGAGUCCCAAGCUGAAGCUCUGGGCCAGUUGACAACCGAUGAUCUUGACGGGAAGUUUGCAUUGCUUGAGAGCUCAUCUGUUGAUGAUGAUCUUGCAAAUUUGAAGAAAGAAUUAUCCGGUAGCUCGAAGAAAGGAGAACUUCCUCCUGGGAGAAGUGCUACCUCUAGCAACACUGGAAUACCAUUUCGAGAUUCUGAGAUUGAGAUGGAACUUGAUCGAUUGAGGCAAAGAGCCAAGGAGUUUUGAAGCAUGAAAUCCCUAUUGUCUCUCUAUAUUCUAUGCUUGAGUUUAGUUUUAUUUCACAUAUCAACAUUGUACAGCUAAAGGCCAAUCAUGAUAGUAUUGUUUGACUAGUGGCCAAAUUUGGACUGAAAAAUGAACACAUUAGCUGCAAUCUUCUGUAGCUGUUGUUUCAUUAAAUUAACUUAUAGUGACAAUGUUAUUGUGAUAUACUUACGAUCAGAAUUCAGAAGUCCCAAGUGUGCUGAGACUUGUUGGUAAUACAAUAUUUCCUCUCCCGGGAAAUCUGAUA